GGGUUGGUUUGCUUCAUAUUUUCAAUAAUAGAUGUCUAUCGUCUUUCGAGCACUUCUACAUUCUUAAUCUUACAAUAACUGGAUCUGUAUUGUUCUUAGCCAGUAGAGAUGAACAUGGUGGACUGUUAUUCGGUCUUCGCGGUACCAGGUCAACUGAUAUAACAAUAUGAAAGCACUUAUUUUAGUUGGGGGUUAUGGCACUCGACUCCGGCCUUUAACACUAACUUAUCCCAAACCGAUAGUAGAAUUCUGCAACAAACCCCUUUUACUACAUCAAAUUGAAGCCCUUGCCAAAGUUGGAGUAUCAGAGGUGAUCUUAGCUGUUAGCAAAUGUGCUGAUCGAAGUGAUAUCUUAGAAAACGAGUUAAAAAAGCAUGAGAAGAAAAUUGGAACUAAAAUUACAUUCUCCUAUGAAACUGAAGCAAUGGGAACUGCUGGUCCAAUCGCCUUAGCUAAAGAUAUGCUCCUCGUGGACGAUAGUCCAUUUUUUGUGCUCAACAGUGAUAUCAUGUGUGAUUUCCCGUUCAAGGCAAUCAUUGCAUUUCAUAAAAAUCACGGAAAAUCGGGAACUAUUUUGGUAACACAAGUUGAAGAACCUUCAAAAUAUGGCGUUGUUGUUUACGAUCAAACAACUGGACGUGUGGAUCGUUUUGUUGAAAAACCAAUUGAAUUUGUUGGUAAUAAGAUAAAUGCCGGUAUAUACUUACUUAAUCCUAGUGUUAUUGACAAGAUCCCCCUACGCCCAACUUCCAUUGAGAAAGAGAUAUUCCCAGAGAUGGCAAACGAGAAACAACUUUAUUGCAUGACAUUACCAGGGUUCUGGAUGGAUGUUGGACAACCGAAUGAUUUUCUCAAAGGUACAAGUUUGUAUCUAAAUUACUUGAAACAAUCAGAUCAUUCGAAAGAACUAGCAACUGGAUCUAAUAUUCAUGGAAAUGUUUUAAUCCAUCCAACUGCUUCAGUUUCACCUACUUGUGUUCUUGGACCCAGUGUUGUUAUUGGGCCAGAGUGUAUAGUUGAAGAUGGAGUAAGAAUUCGUAAUUCCACCUUACUUCAAGGGAGUAUUAUUCGUUCUCAUUCUUGGCUAGAAACUUGUAUUAUUGGUUGGCGAUGUACUGUUGGGCAGUGGGUAAGAAUGGAUAAUGUCACCGUCUUAGGUGAAGAUGUCAUUGUAUCUGAUGAAUUAUUUGUAAAUGGUGCACGUGUAUUACCACACAAAAGCAUUGCCCAAUCAGUUGUUGAACCACAAAUUAUUAUGUAACAUGCCUGGUAUGGAAACUCUUGUAAAGUGCUGUGAUCAAAACUUUUUCUUUCUCCCCAUACUCCUACUAUUCUUAUGAUCAGUACUAAUCUAUCGCCUUUUUAUUUCAACAACGUGUUUUCCACAUAGGAAUAUUACCGUUUUUUUUAUGUUCCACUGACUGCUGUCAUAAUUGUUAUUUUGUUUAAUUUAUUUUUUGUUCAUUUAAAACAUUUUACUAAAAGUAAAUCCAACCAAGUUCUAGCUCAAUGAAAUAUCACUUCCCGCUUUUUUUGGUUAUUCUUAUUACUAAUGUAGGAAACAAAAUUUAUAUUUGCUAUCCAGUGCUUUCCUUUAUGUUGUUAAAGGUUGAUAUGAUUUCGUUUGUUUUAAUCAGUUGUUGAAUUUAAUAUUGUUGGAUGGUUUGCUUUUUGUAUUUUUUUUAAAAAUUUCUAUAUUUAAAUAUAUGCAUUAUUUGGAUUGG